UAAAGUUUCUGGAGAGGAAGUUUAUGCCGAAGCCGCACGCUGUCCCAGUUAACCUCUGCCUCAACACUGCUGGUUAGUGGAUACAGAAGCGGCCGGCGACAAACCAAGGAACUCAUUCACGUGUCUCCUUCGCUGCGAUACUUGGCAUCUGAGCCAUCCGUUUAGUUUAUCCGUAAUUUCUUUACAGUAUAUAGGGCGUCGAUUGUCUUGAUAGACACAAAUUGCGAUUUAUACAAAUCUAUGCGGACACUGGAUUAAGUUUAAAAAGCAACAAUGUGUCUAAUAAAGGACGCUAGCUACUUAUCUUAAAAGUUUGAGACGCGGUGGAUCUUUUGCGCUGUGUUUUAUCAACGACUUUUAUAUUCAUACAGUAAAUUAAACCCACGAAGACGAUUUUAGAUUGUGCUUUCACGUUUUUAAAAGUCAGUUGUAAUUUAGCUACAAGUUGCACAAUGGAAGUGCACAACGUCUUGCCGGAUUUUAAAGACAUCGAGACCAAGUUGGGUCGCAAAGUUCCCGAGGGUCUCAUUCGUUCAUUCACAGAAGGGGGUCUUCACGAAACAAAAGAUGACAAUAACCUGGCGUCACCAGCUGUUUCUGUUACCAAAGCAAACACAAGUGAUUUAAAGCGUUUGGAAAACAAGAUGAGGUUUUUAAAACAAGAAAUGGCCAACCUCCGUGCGAUCGACAUAAAGCUGAUGCACCAGCUGCUGUCCAUCAACGAGGGAAUCGAGUCCAUAAAGUGGCUCAUGGAGGAGAAGAGCACGCUGGCCAGCCGGGACAGCAGCCUGACGGGCAGCCUGUACAGCCUAUCAGAGAGCCCGGACAACUCGCUGAGGGGCAGCUGCAACAGCCUGCAGGACGGCAGCGACCUGGACGGCAUCUCCAUCGGGAGCUACCUGGACACCCUGGCGGAGGACCUGCCCGGAGACGCCUCCCCCCCUCCCUCCGUCUCCGACACGGAGGACCGCUUUUCGGACGGGCCCGCGAUCGAGGACGAGCUGGAGAAGCCCCCGCCGCUCGGCAAGGGCCUCAGAGCAGAUUCGGACGAGUACUACUGCUUCGGAUAGCGCUAAAAAACCCCGCGAGGGAGGGAGGGAGGGAGG